ACUCAAAAUGUUUAAACUUUUGCAAAAAAUUAAAUCCUAUAUUUUUACAAAACGAUUUAAAUAUGAAAACGAUUUUUGCCAUCACUUAAACUGUGUUGUUUGAUAUAAACAUGGAAAGGGAACCAGCACAGCGUCCCUUGCAGGGAAACAUCAGAGUAAUAAUAGCGGCAAGAUUGAAAAUUUUGACAGACCUCAAAAUGAGUCUUGUAACCUGGCUUACACUAAACCUCAAGUUGGGCAAUGAGCAAGAGUUCAUAUCAGCUGAGGUUCUCUUCAACACCUAUACCAUAGACACAACAUUGGAAAGGAAAAAUGACAUAAACUAUCUCACGUUCUGUCAGAUUCUUCAAAAAGUGUUUAAAGUAGACUCCAAAAGAAAAGUUAUAAACAAACAGAAACAGACUGUAUACAACCUGCAGUGGAAACCCCAAGACAAAUCCAGUAAUGAGAAAGUUUUCGAUCACUUGGCGUUAACAAAUUUGCUACAUAACCUGCAUUGCCAUGUACAUGUCAUGCCAUGCACAUCUGUGAAAGUGAAAAUUCCUACCGGCUGGAUAUGCAAUGGAAAUGAAGUUGAGAAAGUGGUAGUUUUCAGAAGUGAUAUGACAUUCAAUGUGCAUAUAAGAGGACAAGAGAUUGAUCUGGAGUCUAAUUAUAUUGCCGGCACUUACUGUCUAACCUGCGAAGGUAUUAAGGAAGUAUUGGAACAAGUUAAUUGCAUCCAGCUAUGUCAAGGCAUUACUAUUAAGAAACAUAAUUACAUACCCCACUCAAACAUUCAACAGGAACUGCUUACCAAACAAGGGGAUGAAAACAUUAACCAUAACAUUGUGCGAUCUAAAUUAUGCAAACAGUUUGCCAUAUUGAAUAACAGACAAAUCCCAAACUGCACAACAUGUCAGCGACUUACUAUCAAAUAUCCAGAGAAUACGCCAAAACCUUCGGUAGUUGAUACACUUAGGAAUUUAGUGCCAACAGCUAGUGAUGCUACUUUGACCUUCUUAGCUUCACAGGUAAACAAUGCACAAAACAAAUGCAGCAAUCAAAACAGAUGGGACAGCACAACUAUAAAUGAAUGUCUGCAACUUUUCACUAGAAGUCCAGAAGGAUAUAAAAGCCUAAGGAAAUCUGAAGUGCUGCUUCUUCCAAGUCCCUCACUUCUAUUACUUUACAAAAACAGCAUACAACAAAGUCCAGGGUUUCAUGAAAACAUCUUCAGGUGGAUGUAUGAGGAAGCAAACAGGAUGGAUAUUCCAACAGAGGGUCGUAUUGGAGGGAUUCUCCUUGACGAGAUGACCAUUCAAGAGAAAAUUGAAAUUGUUAGACAAGGGGACAGCUUGUCCAUGAUUGGUUUUGUAGACCUUGGAGUUGAAAGCCAAGCUGUUGACUCAUUGAAAUCUGGAACUUGUACGAAAAAACUAGGAACUCACAUUUUACAAAUGAUGUUCAUGGGGCUGUCUGGAUUUAGAUUUCCAUUUGCUUAUUUUGUAAGCCAUUCACUGUCUGCAAGCCAUCUGUAUAUAUUGUUCUGGGAGGCAAUGAACAAACUGCAAGAUUUUGGUUUCAGUGUGAAAUAUGUCUGCAUGGAUGGCGCUGUUAACAAUCGAUCAUUCAUGCACAUUCAUUUUCCUGAUAAGCAACCUGCAAACCACAACAUGACAUCAAAAUGUCCAAGUGAUCCAUCGCAACAUAUUAUAUUCUUAAUGGAUCCAUCUCACACUUUCAAGAAAAUCAGAAACAACGUUAUCAAGAGUGGAAAUUCAACUGGUCAUACCAGGCUUCUUCUUCUUCCAUCUGGAGCAACAAUUCAAUGGUCAAUGUGGAUUAAUGCAUAUAAAUGGGACUGUCAAAACCCAAUACAAACUCACUAUAAACUUACAAAUGAACACAUUUAUCCCAGUAAUACUUCAAAAAUGAGAAACAAGCUUGCAGAGGAUGUGCUGGACUCUGAAAUGCUUAAUCUUAUGCUUGCAUACAAGGACAGUUUGGGAGAAAAAGGCAGUGAGUUAGAUGGUGCCAUAGAAUUCCUCAAAAACACAUCUAAGUUGAUAAGUGUAUAUAGAGAUAAACGCCCUGUACAUUUGUUAGAAGACCAAAGGCUAAAGGACCUCAAAGAAAUACAGGCAUGGUUCAAUGACUGGAAAACCCAUUCCUAUGGCAGCAAAGUCAAACCUGGAAAAGGUAGUGAAAAAAUGUCUGAGCAGUGCAUGGAGGACCUACAGUCAACAAUAAUUGGUUUCUUACAGCUAUGUUGUACCAUAUCCCAUGAAAUCAGUGGUUGGUCAGUAGUACCAGCAAUGAUCAACUCCGAUCCCAUCGAGAACCACUUCUGUCAACAACGUGGCAAAUUCAACGGAUUAAAUACAAAUCCUACAGCUCUUCAAUAUCAGCGGAAUGCAAAUAGUGUAAUAAUCGGACAAUCGGCAUUAUCUAAGAAAAGUAACACUGGGGGAAUAAGCUCAAAAUGUCAAAACUUCAAACAUUCUAUAAAGCAGUUGGAUUCAACAAACAGUCGCAAGAGAAGAGUUAGUGAACAAAGCCAAAGUACACAGCCCUUAAAAGUGAUCAGAAUGUGAUUGAAUUUUGGUUUUAGACCAGUUUUAACAUUGUUUCAGUCAUAUAAUGGCGGUCGGUGUAUUUUCUCACCAGUACUGCACAAUAUUCUGCAAAAUAGAUACUGUUUAAUACUCACCAAUCUACCAAAUUCCGACAGCAUGAACAGUCAUCAAUAAAUGGACUGCCUUCUUGGGCUACAAAAUCAGUGACAGCUUGUGUUUGUGGUAUCACAGCAUCCUGGGAGAAGUUCACGAUUCUCAAACCUUCUAUAGACCUGGCACGACCAAUUGCCACACCCAACUGACCAGACUGGAAUAUAUGCCGGCAGUUUACUUCAACCCUGGAAAAAACAAUGAUGAAACACAUGACAUUCAAAUCACAAAAUCAACAUACCGGUGAGAAAUUGCUGCAAGCAACACCUGUCGUGCAUGUUAAUGCGACCGAUUUGCGUUCAUUCUCCGCCCAUUGCAUUAUAUGGGUUACGAGCGUAGACUUGCCGCACCCAGCCUGACCGCCGAUGUAAACAUUGUGGCCUGCUUUGACCAUUGAGAGGGCCAAAUUCUGUUUUGCAGUCCAAUACGUCUGCUGUUCCAUGGCUGCAUCCAUUUCCCGCGAUAUGUCAAAGUUUUUAAUCUAACGAAGUACUCAGAAGUGUUCCAAAUGAAAUCGACCAAUAAAAACUCACCGUUUAGGCUGCGUUCGUCUCAGCAUUCACUGCGGGAUAGCCGACCGGCAAAUGGCGUCUUUUGACAUUCAGAAUUAUUGUGUGUGAAAACGAGUUGAUUUCUUGGUAAAUAUUCGGCGACCGAGCAAGUUAUUGACGUGGACAGUGUUUUUGGAUGUGUUUUAUAUGGAGCUAUAGACAAUUUAUCGGGGAAUCGCUUAUUACGUGCCCAACAGGACUCGUCCAGUGUAAACACAAGUGGACAGGCUUAGCUACAUCGACCGAAUUUUGGACAAUUUCUCGUGUUUGAGGCCAUGUGGACACUAUAAUACUGCGUCGAAUCGAAUGACACUAUUACCGUUAGAGAGAUAAUUUAUUUUGCUGUAAAACUGUGCAGAGUUUGUGAUGAUAAACAUAUGAAUUAUG